GGGUCGAAGGAUGCCGGCCGCAACGCUUCGUCCUCCGCGUCCGCUUUCGCCUUUCCCCUCCUCCUCCUCCUCUCGACACCACCAACACAACACCACUCCACCGCCGUUCGAAUAUUCCAAGCUUGAGAUUGGAGGAGGAGGGGAGGGGAGGGGAGCCGAGCGCAGAACCCUAAUUACCUCCAUCGAUUGCUAACAGAUCUCAGAGGCAGGGGAGGUAAAAUGCCAAGAGCAAAUGAGAUGUUCAGGGCAGAUUCUAGAAUGAUGGUGGUUUUUGGUGCCUUGACAUCGAAACCAGAGCAGCUGACAUUCGAAGAAACCCUCAGAUUUGUCAAGAAAGUGAAGGUGAGUUGAAUGUUUUAAUAAUAUAUUAUGUCAUCGCAUGGUUUUCAUCUCUGUGUAAUCCAAACGCCUAUUCUGAGUCAUUGCCUUGUCUAGUAAGUUGCGAUGAUUUUGCUGGUACCAUUCACUUACAGUCUAGUACUGAAUCUCAUCUCAUGUUUUGAUGCAUAGAGUUACCAACUAUCUGAAAUCUAUGUGAUUGGAGGCACAAUUGUGGGUUUGUAACCUUGGGAUUGCGCAAUGUGGUGGUGUGUGUGCUCGUGUGCAGUCCUUGUAAUCGAAAAACAAAAACAUCCAAAAUGUGGGGUUUACAUGUAUUCCUACUUGUAAGAUCCUGCUGAUACCUGAGUCUAGGAUUUUGAGUGAACAAUUUUGUUGAACUUUUUUUUAAACCUACACUCCCUCUAGUCUAAACUAUUAUAGUUCACUUUAGCUUUGUCCUAAGUCAAACUUAUCUAACUUUGACCAAAUUUUUAGAAAAGUGUGACAACAUCGACAAGUUGAAAUACAUGCCCUAUCAAGACAUGUUUCAAGGUGAAUGUUUUUUUUUAAAAAAAAAGUGCUGGCAGGAGUUAUGACUAGCUUUUAACGGAACUAGUUCCUUAUUAUAAUUAUAAAUGUUGAUGCAUUGUUCAAAGAGAAGUUUGGCUUAGGACAAAGCAAAGGUGAACUAUAAUCUGAAACAGAGGGAGUAGCACAUAGAGUAAUCAGCAUGAUAACUUGCUUGCCCUGCAGGUAGCAGCUUUCUAAUGAGUGAUUGCUCAUCAUGUUGUAUGUUAGCUCAUCACCUGGGAAUUGCAACCAUAGUUCAUAAAAAUAUAUAUAUAUAUACUCUGGAGCUCCCCCCCAAAAUGUGCUAGCUGUUUAAAACAAUCAGUGGAAAAGAAAUGAAUGAGUUAAUUAAGAAUGCAAAGGUACAUAGGGAAGAGAGACUGUACAAAGAGAACUUUUGACCGUGAAACUCAAUUCAAAACUUCUGCUGGUCUCAGUUACUCGUGCUCUCAUGACCUUUGCUUCACAGGCCCGCGAUUACAUGCUAUACCUGUCAUUGUUCGACAUUCUUGGCAGAAUGGAACUAUCCCAGCUCGAUGCCUACCGAGAGUUACAGCUGCUGUUUGGAAACCACCCGGAUCUGUGCGAAGAGCUCGAGAAGUUCAGGCCACCGGUGCCUACAAAGCAGGCAGCAAACAACAUCUGGCCCUGGGUCAUUGUUUGCGCCGUCCCGUUGGUUGCGGUCAGCCUGAUCCCGGCGCUCGGAAACCCAGUGCUGUGGUUCGUUCAGCAAACUGUCGGCGAGAAAAUGGCCGCCUGAUUGAAGAAACCACUGCAGUACAUAUGCGUGCAGCGGAUGAGCGUGCGGGCCUCCUGUCAUUUGCGCCAUGGCAACUGGCAAUCGAAUCAGCAUUGUCUUUAUAUAUGUGUGUAUAUAUGUUAGAGUAGCAUUCUGGAAGGAUACUCGUCUUCUUGGUCAUCAAGUGCCGCUGAGCAAGAAAUUUAUGCCGGUACAUGCUGUCCGGGCGCAACCGUGCAAGUGCAAGCCCACCAAACACAUAUAGCCCGUUUGGACAUUUGAGCUGGGUUCUAAGUGCUAAAGAUCAAAACUACGCCCAGGAAUGUUAUUAUGCUAAUGCGGUUGCCCCCUCCUGCUUUUUUGUCUAUCAAUGAGCUGAUCAACGUUACGUUA